AUGAUUAAAAAAUCUAAUAAAAAAUUUGAAGAUCUUGAAGUAGGGGUAAAUGUUCGAGUUUCAAUUCCCGAUGUUGAUCGAGCUAGAGGUUCACCACGAAAUGUGUUGGCUGUCAUCAUUAGUAUCGAAGAUAACAUGUAUAAAUUAGGAACAGAAAACGGUAUUCUCAAACAUUUAUACACAAGAACGGAAAUUUUUCCUUGCAAAGAAAAAUUUAUUCUUCUCGAAAACGUCUUAAAAUUAUCUGCCGAAAAAGAAAUUACACUCCGUGAAGCGGCUGGAGUCAACAGUGUUAUGGGAACUCAAGGAUUUCAACGCUUAUCAUGCGAGAAUAAGUGA